UCUUCGAAGGUUCUCGAAAGUUUCAAAACUGAUAUUUAAACUGUCUUUAAGAUUAAGGUAUAUACAGUAUCAUGGACUUUACAGGUUUUUUAAAAAGUUCGAACUUAUCUAGAUAUAUGUAAUCUAAGUCUAAAUACAGCGAUUAGAACAAUAAGUUCUUGGUAAAACGAACAGUCAACGAACAGUUCAACGAAAUAUGUACAAAAGUUGCCGUCCAUCGGUCCAUGUUAGUAGACGUCACAAAACUAUCAAUUUGAUUUUGCAUAAACUACUGUUAUGGGAAGUGUUCGCAACGAAAAGUCGACUGAUGAUAGAAUGGCAGCGGAUAUAGAUAAUACGGACCAUCCUUGGAAUACUCUGGAAACCAUCACUACCUUUGAUCAAGGUAAAAAUAUGAUGCCAACACUUCGUCUAAAUAAUAUAGAAAAUGAGAACAAUAAACAAGUUGUACAAAUAACAUCUUCAACUAGUAUGCUCAUUGCUUCUCUCAUACAACAAUUAUGUACUAUGAUCGAGGAGGAUAAAGUACGCAGAAAUAAAUUAUAUUUUGCCAUCUGUGAUAAAAUGCAUGAAUUGGAAUUAAUUGAUAAUUCGUACAAUAUGGUAGAAUUUGAGUCAUUAAGGGGCCAAUAUCAACGUGCCCUUUAUCGUUUAGUCACAGUUGCACGUGCUUCAACUGGAAAGGAAAAAAUUAUACAUUCACCCAGUUUCUUAACAUCAGAAUUUUCUCGUUACCUUUGGGAAUUUCAAGAGAUAAAAUUCAUUGCUGGUGGAGGAUUUGGCGAAGUUUUUAAAGUCCUACAUCAUCUUGAUGGUAUUGAAUAUGCAGUUAAGAAGAUCGUUGUACUCUCAAGUCGUUUGAAAACCAUAACAGUAUAUCUAAAAGAAGUAAAGACCUUAGCUAAAUUAAAUCAUCCAAAUAUUGUUCAAUACAAAGCAGCUUGGAUUGAGCCAUCGUUGCCGUACUUUGUUUCAAAUAUGUCACCCACAUCUACAAAUCACACAUCGCACAGAUCAUAUACGUCAGAAUAUACAAAACAUUCAAAAUUGGAUAGCAUGCGGUCUAACAAAAAUUCAUCUGAUAGUAUAAACAAUUCAAAUAUUAAUAAAGAAAUAGACAAUAGCGUGCAAGAUAUUGAUGAUAAAGAAAGUGGCUCAUCUGAUACUUCUACUAAACUGAACAACGAACAGCGAAAUAAGACUGGUGGCAAUGCUGAUGGCUAUACAAUCAAACAUGAUAUUGUUAGUGAAAGAUUCCAUAAACUUAAUUCUUUGACUAAUAUUAUAGGAGAACGAAUAACGGAAACAAGUAGUAGUACGCCGGAAUCUACUGAAGAAGAGAAUUCACACAUAGUAUCUUUUAGAAAUAGCGAAAGUAACGAAAGUGAAAGUCAAGCUGUAAAAAACUCUACGGAUUACAGUAAUACACAUAACAAAUCCUCGAACCACCAAGAAGUCUGCACGUAUAUCUCCACGUCUACCUCCAACGGAGUGAGGAUUGGCAAUAAUCAACAAUAUAUGACGUUGUACAUCCAAAUGGCUUUGUAUGAACAAACUCUCAAACAAUGGAUGAGCAAAAGAACGAAUAUAACACCUCUCCCAAUAGUUAGGGAAAUAUUUGAACAAAUUGUUCGUGGACUCAGUUAUAUCCACUCACAAGGAGUUACGCACCACGACAUAAAACCAAGUAACAUAUUCAUUACGACGACAGGACCACUCCAGAUUCAUUUAGGUGAUUUUGGCUUAGCGUGUUCGUUAAAUAGAAAAAACCAUCAUUCAGUAAUUGGUACACAAAUGUAUGCGGCACCGGAACAAAUGCAGGGAAAAUGUGAUUCGAAAAGUGACAUAUACAGUACGGGAAUCGUCCUUACAGAACUGUUAAUUCUAACGCAGACUCAAAUGGAAUUAAGUUGUAUAAUCAAUUCCUUAAAACGUGGAGACAUACCUAUAGAUCUCAACACUGAGCAGCAUAAAUGGGCACAAUUGAUUAUGCAAUUGAUACAAGAGGAUCCUGCCAAACGACCAUGUACGAGACAACUUUUACAAGAUUUAGAUAAAGGAAAGGAUACUACGAUAACUGAUUUACAAAAUGAUCUUCUUGAUAAAGAUAAUAAGAUUCAAGAAUUACAGAAAGAAAUGGCAUUACUGAAGGAAAAAGUUAGAAAAUUGGAAGUGUCAGAAAGUACAGAAUAGACUGCUAUAUUAAAGGUAGAAUAUAUUUUAUUGCAUGACAGGACGAUAAGAUUGCCAAAUAAAAUCUUGUCUUAACUAGUUUCAAUAUGGUAAGAAUAUCUAAUAAUAAGAAUAUCUAAUAAAAGAAUAUCUAAUAAUAAUAGAAUAAAGAGCACUGGUAAAUUCCUAUAGAUAAUAAUUUAAAUCAAUUGUAUAUAUUCUACAAUGCAAUCAAUCGAGUAAUUAGACUGUAAAAUAA